GGCAUGGGGAGACAUCGCAACAAAAUAUAAAAUUCACAAGGAAACGCUUGCCUAUUUUGAAACUAAAGAAACACCAGGGACAGGAAGCCUUUAUAGCAUGACCCCCGACGUAGUCCGGAGAAUACACGAAGAGAAUGCAGUUAAAUUCGCGGGGACAACCGAAUUCGAAGGAAAGGUGAACGAAUUUAUUGUUCCGUCCCAAGCCACUCCAGACGGACUUCGCGUCAGUGUGUACACACCGUCAUCGUGCUCGGCGACGUCAUCGAUCGUGGUGUUUUUCCACGGCGGCGGACUGGUGCUGGGGUCUCGAGCCGGCUACGACACGAUGUGCAAAAUGAUUUCCAGAGAUUCCUCUUGUAUUAUUUUGAGCGCCGAGUAUAGACUGGGACCCGAGCACCGCCUCCCCGCCCCUGUGGACGACGCCCAGUGUGUGAUGAGAUGGACCCUGGUGAACAAAACACUGAUUGGAGGGAGUAACUCCAGCAGGAUUGGUGUGGCCGGUGACAGUGGUGGGGGUCAGCUGGCCGCUUCUGUCGCUCACGAUGUCCAAGGUAUUGACUUUCAGAUUUUAAUAUACCCCAUGUGCGACAUGAGAUGUCUGGAAGCGAGUUACAAAGAAUUUGCCACAGCACCUGGAUUGAACCAAGCAGUUAUAGACUGGUUUUUCAGUCUAAGUCUGAAGAAUAACGAGCAGAGAGAGGACCCUAAAGUAUCGCCAAUGCUUCGACCAAGCUUCAGACAUUUGCCUCCAGCUCUUUUUGUUCUCUCAGAACUAGACCCACUCCGAGACAGCGGUUACGCAUACAGAGACAAACUCGAUAGUGCUGAUGUCGCCACAGAAUGCGUUCUAGUCCAGGGGGCACCACAUGCGUUCUUCAACUUACCAGGUCAUUUUAAGGAACUGUGUGCUCAAGCUUACACACCUGUUAUAAAGUUUAUAAAAAUAUUUAAUCUACUUUGAGGAUGUGUAUACGGCAUUAGAUAACCUGACGUCCAGACUUGGUGUACAAAUUUGUUACAAAAAUGAACUUCUGACAAUGAUGAUCUCAGGACUGCAAACACCGAAUACAGGCGCGUGCGCAAGGGGAAGGCUCAAGGCGAAAAAAAAAAUCAUAUCCCGAUUUUUUUACAUCCCUGUGAAUCCUGGGGUUAAUUUUUCAGACCCC